GAAACGGACGAUGGAGCCCUGCGAUAGAGUCCGGUUGGCUGGCUUGGCGUCUCGCCUGAUAUUCAGAUUUCAGAUCCAUCAGAUGGAUCUGACUGUUAAUUGUGCGAAAGCACCAUUGAGUGUUUCACAUCUACCAGUGGCGUUCGUCCCGAGGAUUGGACUGCCUAGACCACACUAUUAGAUUAGCGGCGCGAAAAGAAAGACCAAAACAACCGAAUAAGACAGUCGUUUUGCGAAUGGACGCGGCUGGAUUGUCCUGCAGUAGCCCACCGGUAGGGCAAAAAAGUCAGAUCAGGGCAACAUCCCUACCACUAAGAAUGGUUCCCCUCUUUUCCUCCCACUACACGAAAUAUGGACUGUGUACAAAGCGAAGGGGAGAUGCUGCUGACGGG